GGAAACCCUCCCAGGGAGCGUCCGGAGCAGCUUCGCCUGGGGACAGGGCGGACGGUAGCAUCAGGGACAAGGACACCUGCUCCCCGCCCCUCCCAGGGCGCGUCCUGCAGACCAUGGGAAAUGGCAUGAGCAAGAUCCUCCCCGGCCUUUACCUGGGAAACUUCAUCGAUGCCAAAGACCUGGAGCAGCUAAGCCGGAACAAGAUUACCCACAUUGUUUCCAUCCAUGAAUCCCCCCAGCCCUUGCUGCAGGACAUCACCUACCUCCGUAUUCCCCUGCCAGACACACCAGAGGCCAACAUCAAGAAGCACUUCAAGGAAUGCAUCAGUUUUAUCCACCAGUGUCGCCUGCAUGGAGGGAACUGCCUUGUCCACUGCCUGGCCGGGAUCUCCCGCAGCACCACUGUCGUCGUCGCCUACGUCAUGGCCGUCACGGAGCUGAGCUCUCAGGAGGUGCUCGAGGCCAUCAGAAGCGUGCGACCCGUCGCCAACCCCAACCCUGGCUUCAGGCAGCAGCUGGAGGAGUUCGGCAGCAGCGCAGCCCGCAAGAUCCGCAGGCACCUGAGGCAGAGGUAUGGGUCAUCCCCUUUCAAUGACGAGGAAGAAAUCAAGGCCCUGCUGCCAGUGGGGAGAGGAGCAUCCAGAGCAGAGGGAGCUCUGCAAGGACUGGUACCGAGAGCCAGGGACAUCAAGAGCACCGCUCCCUUUCUGCUGCGGGUGAAGAGGACGUUCUCCUGCAUCCCGGCUUGUCUGAAGUGAUCACAGCCCGGGAGGGAGAGCAGCAAAAAUCACCUAACAGCCUGGUAAAAACUAAGCUGCAGCACCGCUGGCCUGGAGGGGAAGUGCUGUGCUGCAGAGCCACAGGCAAGCACAGCUCCUUCUCCUCUCUGGGUUCAAGCGUGCCAUCUUCUGUCCUGGCUUUCAGCUAUCGGGGGAGGGAUUCAUUUGCACUGCUGCGCUCUGCAGACCACUGCGGGGGUCAGCCCCCUCGUGCCUGGUGUGGGAGGACAUCUGGUGAAAGCAGAUGACGGUCCCCCGGUCACUGUGGGCUCUGGCUCCAGGCAGAGUGACAGACAGGGCUUCCCAGCAACCAGGUGAUGCUGACAGCAGCUUUAGCACUUCAGUACCAGCUGCAUGGGCCUCAGGGGCACACGGGGUGCAGGAGAGCUUGCUGACCCCUUGGGGCAGAUUUCCCACCAGCAUCAAGCUUCCAGAGCCGAGGUGGCUGCGGGGCAGGGGCGUGCGGGUGCCCCGGCGCUCCAGGCCAACCAAGCACAAGCCCUGAGCAAGCACUGCAGCUUUAGGAGUUCAUCGCACCCCAUUCCCACUGAUACCAGGGCACAAUCUUUAAAUGGUGGGAAAUAAAUGUUUAACCUAGCCAGACCUCACUAAAGCGGAGCCUUAAGCCAUUUUGCUUAAAGACUUUCUAUGUCCUCAUAGUAAUAAACGUCUCUUCUCUGC